AUGGCCUCCUAUACCGAAGCGGGAGAGCCCGGCUCGAAUACGGCGGCAGCUCCACUGGAGGACCCUGUGGGAAAGCUGACCUUAGCCAUCUUGGAAGGCUGCCUCCGCUCGCUGCCCGAGUUGGUGGGGCAGCUUAAUCUUGGAGAAGAUGUGGUGAAAAUUAACAUCGACUGGAGCAAGUUUCAACAUGCAUCACCUCUCCAGCCCGUGUUGCUCUUUAGUGCUCUGCAGCAGCAUAUUUUAGAUUUGCAGCCAUUUACAGAAAAACUCCAAUCUUUGAUUAAAGAAAAAAGCACUAUGCCCACUGAUGAUUCUAGUAAGACAGAAGGCAGAAUGUGUGAGACUGAUUCAAAUGUAAUAGAGAGAGACGUGCAGAUGGAAGUGAAAGAUACAGACUGUGGGUCUGGAAGCCCGAAAGAGACGUAUGUUGAUUUCGACCCAGAAGUGGUCCAGAUAAAAGCUAGAAAAGCUGAAAUUGACAGACGAAUAUCAGCCUUCAUUGAAAGGAAACAAGCUGAGAUCAAUGAAAAUAACGUCAGAGAAUUUUGCAAUGUUAUUGAUUGUAAUCAAGAAAACAGCUGUGCUAGAACUGAUGCAGUGUUCACACCUUAUCCAGGAUUCAAAAGUCAUAUAAAGGUUUCUCGAGUUGUAAAUACUUAUGGCCCUCAAACUAGAAAUGAAAGUGCUCAUGGGUCCAGUCAUAAAGUUAACACCCUCCUUCGCGAUUGUGGGAAUCAAGCUAUAGAAGAGCGACUACAAAAUAUUGAAGCUCAUUUAAGGUUACAUACAGGUGGACCAGUGCCAAAAGACAUUUAUCAAAGAAUUAAAAAGCUUGAAGAUAAAAUUCUUGAAUUGGAAGGGAUGUCGCCUGAAUAUUUUCUGUCUGUUAAUUUGUCUGGCAAAAGAAGGAAAGUACAACCAAAUCAGAACUAUUCUUUGGUUGAACUUGAUGAGAAGAUCAAUGCACUUAAACAAACAUUACUAAGAAAAACAAACGAGGAGAGGCCCAAGGUGGUUGAUGAGCUUCUCUGAGACCAAUGUGAUUUCAUCAUGCUUCCAUGUGUGCUUAAUUCUUUUAAGACUGUCUGAGUGCUGUUUAUCUAGGCACUGCAGAA